AUGGCGUCCUCUCUAUCCAGCUAUGCUCACAUACCUCCUCCUGCAGCUCAUAGUCUUUGUUCGAAGAAAGGGGGAAAUCUCUCAUCUUCUAUGCUUUGCGGUUCAACUCUCAAUUUGUCUUCUAAACUAUCCCUAAACAUAUCUCUUCAAUUUCUUAAUACUAGUAGCAGCCAAAGUCUGGUCCUCUCUUCUCCAACUGCAAGGUCGCUCACUGUCAUCUCAAUGGCUCCCCCUAAGCCUGGUGGUAAACCCAAGAAAGUUACCGGGGUGAUAAAGCUGGCUCUGGAGGCUGGGAAGGCCACACCUGCACCGCCUGUUGGGCCUGCCCUUGGUUCUAAGGGUGUCAACAUUAUGGCUUUCUGUAAGGAUUACAACGCAAGGACUGCCGACAAAGCUGGUUAUGUCAUUCCUGUCGAAAUCACCGUCUAUGAUGAUAGGAGCUUUACAUUUAUUUUGAAGACACCUCCAGCUUCAGUCCUGCUUCUUAAGGCUGCAGGUUCUCUAAUUUUAUGAAGUGUUAACCAAAUGUUGAUUUUUUCUUCUAUUGCGUAGUUUCAACUCAUUGCACUUAAUUUUUAUAGGAUGAACUUCACUGAGUUCAGCUGAUUUCUGGCAUAGAACCUUUUAAUUAUCUGAUUGUAUUUGUAUGAUCUGCUAUAAUUUCUGUCUGAUUCGCCUCAGAAGUUCAGGAAUUAGGUUCCAUCUCUUGAUUUAUAA